CGUCCACUCCACGUCCACACUUUAUCUUGACGCAAACCCCAUUGCCACACCCUCAGCUACGCGGCCCCGAAAACUGCUCCGAAACUGGAAGAAGCCGUGGCCAGGAUGUGAUUCCUAUACAUACCUGGAUUAUACCUCCCUCUCCCAGCGUCUGAUCUAUUGCCCAUCCGCACCGCCCCAACCUGUCAUGUUCGCUGCCCACCAUGCCGCUCCUCAGCAGCAAACUGCCCAACUACUCUGGCGAGUACGGAGUCGGCGUCGUCGACAUCGAAGUGCCCAUUGAGAAGCGCAUCGUCGCCAACGCCGUCUUCCAGGACACUGGCAAGCCGGCGUUCGAACUUGAGACCUUGCUCUUCUCCCUGUACUACCCGGCGGCCAAGGGCGACGAAAAGCCGCGGAAGCACCACAAAUGGGUGGCGAAUAUUCCACAGCACGGCGAGGGGUACGCUCGCGUUGCCAAUAUUGACCAUCUGCCUGGUGUGACGAGGUUUUUUACGUGGGCGCUUUGGUCGCUCGUUGGCAGCACGACCAUUCCCGCUGAUGUCGAUGCGCCGCUGCAUGGUUCGACCAGUGCUGGAGGCCCUCAGGCGCAGCAGAAAUUCCCAGUCAUUAUUCUGAGCCACGGAACGGUGUCGAACCGCACAAGCUACACGGCCUGGUGUGGCGAGUUGGCUUCGCGAGGCUAUCUUGUCGCCGCGGUAGAGCAUCGAGAUGGAAGCGGACCGGGCACGGAGGUACUCCGAGAGGACGGCACGAAGCGCGACAUUUUCUUCGUCAACCGCAGCAUGCUCCAGCCCGAGCCAGAGACCGACGACGAAUUCAAAGCGAUGCAGCUUGCCUUUCGACAAGCGGAGGUCGAGGAAACCGUGCGCAUCCUCAAACUGAUCAACGCCGGCGCUGGAGACGAAAUCUGCCAGAAGAAUUUGAGGAAGGAGGGCAAGGAGUUGGCUGGCUUCGAAGGGAGGCUGAACGAGGAACGCUUCGUCGUCGCUGGCCAUUCCUACGGAGCCACUUUGGCUCUGCAAGCACUCAAGGGGUGUCCGUCGGAAGAACGACCUUUCGUCGCCGGCAUAGCACUCGAUCCGGGCAAGAGCUCUGGACCUCUGAACGACGAUAUCGCCGUCCCGCUCCUGGUUCUUCACUCGCAAUCGUGGUCGUCCAAAUUCAGCAUCUUCAUGGGCCGACCUCACUUCGAAGUCGUGCAGGACUUGGUGCGAAAGGUGCUGCGUAAGGAGAAGGACAAACCAGGUCAGCCGGCUUGGUUCCUCACAUCCAAAGGCACCACGCAUCCGUCCGUCACCGACGCACCACUCAUCGAGCCUUUCCUCCUCGCAUGGACGACGUGGUCAUCAAUUGACGCUCGCGAAGGCGUGUUGCAGUACGUCAUGGUAUGCAACGAAUUCAUGCAUUUCCUCCAAGACGGCCGCCGCGAAGGCGUGCUGGCGGAAGACGAAACGCACGCGGGCUAUGACGAAGACAUCCGGAGCGAAGAGAGGAAGGCGAAGAUGUGUCGUUCGAUUUCCAAGUACUGGCAGAUUCACAUUAGUCCCCCGAGGGCGGAUGCGGGCGCCACGGUGCAACAUGUCGAGUCGGUGGGCUCUACGUGAGUGCGAGGCACGCCGAAGGAGGGGUGACAGGAAAGUGGGUAGAGGUGCGGGUAUGCACCAUGACUGGCGCUUGGGAUGUAUCUCUAGGGUUUGGUGCGGGAUGGGUACGAAUGACGAGGGACGAUCUAAGGCGGGAUUUGCGUGGAGUUCUAGCGAUGCUUCUAGACGUAUUCGGGAUGUCUUAGCUUCGAUUGUUGUAUUCUACUGUACAAUGUUCCGUUGU